AUGAGCGUAAUGACUAACGAGAAGGUCAAAGGUGAGCCGCUGGAAGACCUCAAAAUGUGUCCCGCGCACUCAUUAUCUGCAUCCGGCAUUGUCCACCAACUUUCAGCCUCUCCACUCGCCGCCGCUCCGUUUUCCAUAGAAGUGACCCGGUUGGCUGAACUUGUGAGGCGCAGCUAUCUUUUUCAAGUUGGUCUAUAAAUAUUUUCAUAAGAGUCUAUUCCAUUUGCGUUUUCAUCUCACCUUUAUCUUCGACUCAAAUAUUUUUUUAAUACUCUUACAACCCUAGAGAAUCCUAUCCGAAGUGUUUCUUGAAACAAGAAAAAUUGGCUGGUUGGACGGCGCCGCCCUCUUUAACAGCUUCAGUCCCAGGGGCAGCUUACGACGCUUAUUAAUUUUUCUCGCAACGUUUUUCUCUUUUUUUCGGCCCAAAAGAUUUGGACUUGGGUUCUAUCCGGCGCUUUCCUCAUUGAAUUUUUGGAUGUUUGUGCGACGUUCGUGCAAAUUAUUUCUCGGAUGAUAGAAAAAUGUAUUCGAGAAGAAGAUUUCCAGUUCUCUUUCGAGUAACUCCCACAACUAAGCCUCCAGAGUUGCUCCCGUGUUUCCAACUCGUUGAUUUUCGUGAGAAUGGCCUAAGGCGUAUUAUUAUAAUUAUAAUUUCAGGGUUUCUUGAGCUCCCUGGUGGCGAAUUUGCUUUAUAGUUGCUCUGCGAAAAAUUUAGCUGGAGGUAAUAUUUUUACGGACGCCAAACUUGGUGGUCAAGUGAAAAAAAAAUUUUCAGCAUACUUUGCCAGGCGUCUUUUUUUAAUCUUAAAAGAAACUUUCUCAAGUAACCGAACUUCUCGAAGAAUAGGUUAUUAGAAAGUCACCACAAUUUGAACGUUUAGUAUUUUUCUCAAACUUGCUUCAAAAAAACGGAUCUAAUCGCAGAUCCCAUGAGUUAUUAGGCAAGCUUCAAACGGAAAAACAUGCAAAGUACACUUGUAGAGCGUGUCGUUUUUUUUCCUCGAAUGACGACCCAAAAUUGCUCCGAUUAUUCAUAUGAAUGGCUUUUGGCGCUCCAACGGAUGACUUCAGCGCUGAGAUCUUAGCGACGGAUGACCUUGCCGGACGGUCUGCUGCCGCUAAUCCUGCGUGUUGCGCUCUGAGUAUAAACUGUUAUUAA